AGUCCACCGCUAAUGAACAGCUGAAUAACAAUAAUCAUAUUUUUAUUUGGUUUUCGUUCAAAACAAUUAUGCGAUUCAACGCAGCCGCCUUAUAGCGCCCGUGCCACGCCCACUGCGAUGCGAAGAGGCGACCAAGCCAAGGUGUCGCCACGAAUCCAGAAACCGAGAACCGAAGCCGAGUGUCGGGAGACCAGAAUAAGGAACACCCACUAGUGAAUUCCGGGGAAAAGACAUUAAACUAAGAUGUCCACGGAGGAGCAUGUGUGGCGAGCGCAUGUUGUGCGGCGACUGCGCGAGCGAAAUCGCAAGGAGUGCGACAACUUCAAGGAGAUCAUCGAGCAAAACAACCGACUGAUCGACCAUGUGGCGCAGCUCAAGGCGGACAACCUGAAGAUCUCCGUGGAAAACGAGCAGCUACGCAGCGCGGUGUCAACAGGUGGCACCGGUUCCAACGUGGCCAUCGCCACCCUCGAGAAGAAGCUGCUCAGCCAGCAGGAGGAGCUCACCGACCUGCACAAGCGCAAGGGCGAGAAUUCCCAGAUGAUCGUCGAUCUCAACCAGAAGGUCGAGCAGCAAAGGAUCAUCAUUUCCGAGAAGGAGCACAGCCUCGCCGAGCAGCAAACGAAUAACAAUCGAUUGCGCGCCGAAGUGCAGCUACUUCACUCGAGUUUGGAGGAACUCAAGAAACUGAACAACACCAUGUUGGAUGAACAUACAGCGCUUCAGUUAGCAUUUAGCUCCCUCGAGGAUAAAUUGAGAGGAGUACAAGAUGAAAAUCGUCGGUUACUGGAGCGACUGAUGCAAUACAAGUCAAAGGAUGCCGACAAGUUGAACGAGGAAAACGAAAGCAUAAUAAGAAAAAGACUGCCGUCAAUUUUCAGGAAACGUUCGGCCAAACUGAAACGUGACCUGGAAGACGCGGUCCGUGAGCCCGGCUCCUCGUCCAGCAAUACCGCAUCCUCGCCAGGCGCCGCCUCCGCCGCAUCCUUGCAGCGCAACUCCAGUCCCGCCCAAUUCGUUGGGGGCCUCAUCGGCGACGAGGAUUUCGACGAGGCAGCGAUAAAUGGCGCCAUGGAAGCCAUAGGUCUCGAUGAUAAUGAAUAUAUUAGCGCUCGUUUUACAGCAGGCGAGAUUGGGGAGAACAGCCGGGCUUCCAUCGACACCCUGAAGGCCACCGGCUACCUGGGCCAGGCCAAUCCGACCAAGAUCCUCAUGAAAUUCGAGGCGCACGAGAACGAAUCGCACGCGGUGCGCUGGAGUCCCGUGGAGCGGAUGGUGGCCACCGGUGGCGCUGAUCGCAAAGUUAAACUUUGGGAUAUUGGCAAAAAUUCCACUGAACCACGUGCAAUUUUAAGCGGCAGCAGUGCAGGGAUUAAUUCCGUAGAUUUCGAUUCAACAGGCGCCUAUAUAUUGGGCACCUCGAAUGACUACGGUGCUAGAGUUUGGACAGUGAUGGAUAAUCGGUUAAGACACACGCUGACGGGUCACAGUGGCAAAGUAAUGGCUGCCAAAUACGUCCAAGAGCCCAUUAAAGUGGUGACCGGAAGCCAUGAUCGCACUCUGAAGAUUUGGGAUUUGCGCAGCAUCGCCUGCAUAGAGACGAAAUUCGCCGGAUCGAGUUGCAAUGAUCUGGUGACCACCGACAGCCUGGGCUCAACGAUAAUCAGCGGGCAUUACGACAAGAAGAUCCGCUUCUGGGAUAUACGCACGGAGAAGCAGGCAGAUGAUGUCUUGAUGCCGGCCAAAAUCACCUCUUUGGAUUUGUCAAAGGAUUGCAAUUACCUCAUAUGCUCUGUAAGAGAUGAUACUAUUAAAUUGUUAGAUUUACGCAAAAAUCAAGUUAUAUCCACGUUUACAAACGAACACUUUAAAAUCAGCUGUGAUUUUGCUCGGGCUUCUUUCAACUCGAGCGGCCUAAAGAUUGCUUGUGGCUCAGCGGAUGGCGCUAUAUAUAUUUGGAAUGUGAAUGGUUUCCUAGAAGCCACUCUCAAGGGCCACAGCACCGCAGUAAAUGCGGUCAGUUGGAGCCCCAACAACAACAUGCUGGCUUCCGUUGGCAAGAACAAACGAUGCACUAUCUAUUCAGAUUCAUAACCCUUAAUGUUGCCAUAAACGUCAGUCAGUUCCAUUUGUACUGAAACGCUUAAAAGUCAGAGCUGUAAUUAUAAAACGGCCAUGCGGAGUCUGCUGUAAAUAGUAAAUUCGGUUGGCGAGUGGUCAAGGUAAAAUCAUCCAGUGCCGACAGUUUUUAAUAAUUUUACUUGAUUAUUUUAUUUAUACUUGAAACGGAUAUAGUAUACAAAUUGUAUCAAUUCAUAUAUUAAUCUAAGUACAUGUUUUCCUAUUGUAAAAAUAAAAAAUAUAUAUAUGGGGUUGCAUAUACGACCAAUUCUAAA